GGUCCCAGGACGGGUAAGGGGGGUGUUGUUUGGCACCCCACACGAUGGAUCACUCUCUGUUUGGUUGUCUCCGCAGCCCUCAUGCCCCGGCGCAGGGCCUGCAUCCUGCCUUCACCCAGUCGCCGCUGGCCCUGCAUGGCCGAAGCGACCACGUCUCCUACCCGGACCUCCCUAGCUCCUACCCCGGCGAGGAAGGGGGGGUGUUCAGUGGUCCGACCCACCGAGGACACCUGCCCCAACCAUCCCAGCAGCACCCCGUCCAUACGCAGCACCCACCAUGCUGGCCCGUCCCCCCGCAGAUGCCCUCGCCCAACACGCGGCACAGCCUUUGCCUGCCGCCUGCGGAGGCCCCGGAACUGUGCUCAGGGGGUGGGCCGAACCUGUGUGCCGCCAACCCCAGUCUGGGCAGCGGUGACCCAGCUGGCGCGUCAUGUGUGUCUGGGGAGUACGGCCGACAGACGCUCUCCCCAGAUGACCCAGACAGAAGGAACAGUAAGGGCAAGAGUGACAGCUCAGAGUCCCAAGACGGGAGCUAUAAGUCAGACAUGAACAGCAAGCCCAGGAAGGAGCGCACAGCCUUCACCAAGGAGCAGAUCCGGGAACUGGAGUCGGAGUUUGCACACCACAACUAUCUGACGAGGCUGAGACGCUAUGAAAUAGCUGUCAACCUCGACCUUACAGAGAGACAGGUGAAGGUGUGGUUUCAGAACAGGAGAAUGAAGUGGAAGCGAGUGAAGGGCGGCCAGCAGGGGGUUGCAGCGCGGGAGAAAGAACUGGUGAACGUGAAAAAGGGGACUUUGCUGCCGUCCGAGUUCUCGGGCAUGGUGGGACUGCAGCGCUCUGCCAGCUCACCAGCAAACGAGGAGGACAGCCAUGACAGCGACCAGAGCUCCGAGCAUCCUCGCCUAUGACCUUUCAUGACCUUCCUC